UUUGCGGCUUCUCUUGCCUACUCCAGCCGAUUCUGUGUUCUUGAAGUAGAUGAUUAGUGGGAAAAUAAUCAUUCCACAUCCACUUAUAUGGAUCCUGGAUAAGAGAAUGGAAUAUGUUCCUCAAAACGAAAAGGUACCACACUCAGCAUCAGCAAUCAGCAUAUAGUAAGGACGCCACUAAAAAAAGGGGACAGAUUGCUGAUCCUGAAUGGGAUUGGCAGCCAAGAAGAGCAUCGUCGCUGCCAAUCGCCCCCGAGAAUUUGUGCGUCGACUCCCCCUUCCCACUAUCCUAAUACCUUCCUUCCCAACUGCUCACUCUUCACUACUCCCCACUCCCAUCAAGCUCGCACCUUCUUCAGCACCCAUUGGAAGAGUUUCGGCUGCCGCGAGAAUGGAGGGUUCCAAAGCUGCUCCAGCCAAGACGCUGCCGCUGGGAUUAGACCCAACAAUGGAGGAAGAGUACGAAUCGCAGUCCAAGUUGCUCGGAGAGUUCGCUAGCAUCUCGAGCAUUGACAAGGCGUGGACUUUCAAGUCUGAGAAUGGAAUUGGGUCUCACGCAAUGUUUGCAAUUAGCCAAGCGAAUCUUCUGGCAAAUCAAAGGAGGAAAUCCAUUCUGUCUGCUAAUGUUUCCAAGGGAAGUAACAGUUCAGUGUGCUUUCAGUGGGCACCUUUUCCUGUUGAGAUGACUGGUGUAGCUACAAUGCUUCCAUCCCCUUCAGGUUCCAAGCUUCUAGUGGUCAGGAACCCAGAAAGCGAGUCACCUGUUCAGUUUGAAAUCUGGAGUCAGUCUCACUUGGAAAAGGAGUUCCAGAUUCCACAGUCUGUUCAUGGAUCAGUGUACACUGAUGGCUGGUUCGAGGGGAUCUCAUGGAAUUCAGAUGAAACUCACAUUGCAUAUGUCGCUGAAGAGCCAACUCCUGCCAAGCCGACAUUUGAUGGUCAAGGGUAUAAGAAAUGUGGUUCUGAAGAAAAGGAUUGUGGUAGCUGGAAAGGCGUAGGGGAAUGGGAGGAAGAAUGGGGAGAGACAUACGCUGGGAAAAGGCGACCUGUGAUCUUCAUUAUUGACAUUAACAGUGGAGAAGUUCAGCCUGUCAAAGGAAUAUCAAAGCAUUUAAGCGCUGGCCAAGUUGUUUGGGCUCCUUCAACUGAAACCUCACCUCAAUAUUUGAUCUUUGUUGGGUGGUCAUCGGAAACCAGGAAACUUGGCAUAAAGUACUGCUAUAAUAGGCCUUGUGGCUUAUAUGCUGCAAGAGCACCUUUUUUUGGAUCAGAUGCUAAAAGAGAACAGAAAAGAGAGAUUUCAGAGGAAGAUUUAUUGGUGCUUAAUGUAACUCAAGGCAUCAGUAGUGCCUUCUUCCCUGUCUUCAGCCCAGAUGGAAAGCAUCUACUCUUCUUAUCUGCUAGAAAUUCUGUGGAUUCAGGAGCACAUUCAGCAACUGAAUCACUUCAUCGAAUAGAUUGGCCUGCUAAUUUACAGGCACUCUCAUCUGCAAAAAUAGUUGAAAUGAUCUCAGUGGUGCAGUGUCCAGAGGACGGUGGCUUUCCAGGGAUUUACAAUGGCAGCUUUCUUCGAAAACCUUGGCUUUCUGAUGGAACCACUAUAGUGUUGAACUCUGUGUGGGGCAGCAGUGAGGUUAUACUGUCUGUGAAUGUUUCAAGUGGAGAUCUGACGAGAAUCAGUCCUUCUGACUCCAAUGCUGCUUGGCGUGCUCUUACACUGAAUGAUGACAACAUAAUUGCUGUCUCAAGCAGCCCCAUAGAUCUUCCUGAAAUCAAGUAUGGUUAUAAAGAAGUCCAAGAUGAUGCUUGGAAUUGGUCAAGCGUUCGAAGUCCCAUGAUUAAAUGCUCUGCAAGGGUUAAAUCACUGCUCUCUUCUCGUGAGUUCAACAUUCUGAAGAUCCCAGUCAAGGAUGUGUCUGCUAACCUGACAAAAGGAGCAAGUAAACCGUAUGAAGCUAUACAGGUCUCAAGAACUUCCAAGAAAUAUGGUCAAUUAGAUCCACUGAUUGUUUUCCUUCACGGAGGCCCACAUGCUGUGUCCCUUUCAAGUUUUUCAAAGAAUAUUGCUUUCCUGGCUUCACUAGGAUACAGUUUGUUGAUUGUAAAUUACAGAGGUUCAUUGGGUUUUGGUGAGGAAGCAUUGCAUUCUCUUCCAGGAAAAAUUGGAACACAGGAUGUGAAUGAUGUGCUUGCGGCUAUAGAUCAUGCUAUUGACAAGGGAUUUGCUAGCCCGAAUCGAAUAGCUGUGAUUGGUGGGUCUCAUGGGGGCUUUCUCACAACUCACCUCAUUGGCCAGGCGCCAGAGAGGUUUGCUGCAGCAGCUGCAAGAAAUCCUGUCUGUAACCUUGCAUCAAUGGUGGGGACAACAGAUAUCCCUGAUUGGUGCUACUUUGAGGUCUAUGGAAGUGAGGGGAAGGAUAAGUUUACAGAAGCAGCUUCGGCUGCUGACCUAGCCAUCUUUCACAGCAAAUCUCCCAUUUCACACAUCUCUAAAGUCAAAACGCCAACAAUCUUUCUCAUUGGUGCUCAGGAUCUCCGAGUUCCACAGUCCAACGGCAUACAAUAUGCUCGCUCGUUGAAGGAGAAAGGAGUUGAAACGAAAAUCAUGAUCUUUCCUAACGAUGUUCAUGGACUUGAGAUACCGCGAACUGACUACGAGAGCUUCAUAAACAUCGGGGUUUGGUUCAAGAAGUACUGCAAAUGAACUGUCCUAUAUUGUUGGAGAUGAAUUAUUCUCAGCAAUUGGGUAUUGGAUCAACUACAAUAAGUGUGUGCAUUGAAACAAGUUAACAUUUAAACAUUUGCUUGAUGUUUAAUGUCCCCAUAUCCAACCCUGUAUAUUGAUCAAUAAAAUGUUGGCAUCUUUAGUGUGAAUGAUUGCUGGUUGAUCCUUACAUCUCCGCCCUUUGAAUAUUGCAGUUUGGUCUA